UCUCUCAGCAUCAACCCACAAACAAUAAACCGCCUGUAACAUCUUUAGCAGUCGUCGAAGUCCCAAACCAUGAAUAUUGUGGGCCAGUUUGCGGAGACAGUGUUUGUGACGGUGAAGGAGCUGUACCGCGGCCUGAACCCCGCCACUCUCACCGGAGGGAUCGAUGUCAUCGUGGUGCGGCAGCCUGAUGGAUCGUUCCAGUGCUCCCCCUUUCACGUCCGCUUUGGCAAGCUGGGUGUGCUGCGCUCCAAGGAGAAAAUUGUGGACAUUGAGAUCAAUGGAGAAUCAGUUGACCUGCACAUGAAGUUGGGUGACAAUGGAGAAGCUUUUUUUGUGGAGGAAAAUGAAAACAAGGAGUCCCAGGUCCCAGCCCAUCUGUGCACCUCCCCAAUUCCUCUUGAGGUCCCUGAGGAGAUCGAGGAGACCCCUGAGGGAUCCUCCAUUGCCGGGUCUGGCGCUCGCAGGAAGAAACGCCGUCGCAAACGCAUUCGUUCUGAUACUCACCUGAGAGAAGAGGCCAGCUCCUCAUCAGAUGAGAGGGACAGAGAGAAGGAGUGGGAGAGAGAAAGUGAUCAGGCCGGGCAGGAGAGCCCUGCUAAAGAAGAGCCUGUCGCACCGUUACAAGUCAGUAAAUCUGUGUACUUCUCGCUGUCUGAGGAGCCAAAUGAGGAGCUGGGAGCCACACAGACCAGAGACACUCAUCCACACUCAGACGGAGAGCAGUCUCCCUCAGAAUUCAAUGUGUUCUACAGCCGGUCAUCUUCCCCUAAAAGCGACUCCGAGCUCUUGGUUAAACCCCAAGAGUCGUCCGGGCCUCAGAUGCAGUGGAACUGGGGAGGUUUUCCCAUGCUGUGUCAAUCUGAGAGGACAACAGUGGAGUUGCAGCGCUUCUCCCCUUCCAGCAGUUCUCAUUUCUGCACCAUUGAGAGACAGGACUCCUUUGACUUGGACUAUGAGCCUGUGAUCAGCUGUGGCAGAGUGGGCAGUGUGACAGUGGUCAGGCCACUGCCCAGGACUCAGUCCCUAGACCUAAGUAACCACACAAUGCAGACCACCCCUUUAUCUAUGGAGAAGAAGUCUCACAUUUCACAUUCCACCCCCACUGACCUCUCCAAGUCUUGUGCAUCAUCUGCAAAAAUGAACGAGGACUCGACACAGGCACUAGAAUCCACAUCAGGGGAAGAGGAGGACAGAGACUCGCCUUCUUAUUCAGCUAAUCUAAUUAAUGGCACAUAUUCUCUUACUAGCAAAGAAAGCACAAUCAGUGUUGAGCACAUUAGCACUGUGAUUGAUAGUGUGACUAAACCAAACAAUGCACAAAUACAAGUCAUAAAAGAGAGCGAUGACUGCACAGUUACUGCAACAAGUCCAAGUAGUACAGAGUUAUCAAAUCCACAACAGCAAGGGGCUUUAUCUGAGCCAAGUGAGCAGGCUUCUAUCGGCAGUGCCCCUGUCAGCGAGGGGGACAGUGGGAUAGAUCCCUGUGCUGAGGGAGGGGAGGAGGACGGUGGAGCUGCAGGAGGCUCACUGACCAACAAAACCGAGGGGUUAGCAAACCCUCCUGAGGCAUCCUCCAAAGUGGAGCAACAGGACAAGAAGAAAGGUAAACGUAAUCACCAUCUAGGACCAACAGAUAUUUACUUGGAUGAUCUGACCAAGUUGGACCCCGAUGUGGCUGCACUCUACUUCCCCAAGAGUGAGACGGAGGGAGCGUCUCAGCACGGAGCAGAGCAGGGCUCCUGCUCAGGGAGCCAGUCGCCUCAGUCAGUGGGCAGCGGGGCCAUGGACAGCGGAACAGAGUACCUGUCAGAUUCCACCUCCUACAACAUGGACAUCAGCAUGUCCCUCUGCGGACAAGAGGGCGACACCAGCCAAAUCACUAAAGAAAAGUUUAUGGAGCACAUUGUGACGUACCAGGAUUUUGCCACCAAUCCAGGAAUCAUUGAGGAUCCAAGCCUUGUGAUCUGCAUCAACUCCAACUAUUAUAACUGGGCAGUGGCUGCUCCGAUGGUCUUGUCAAUGACAACGUUCCAGAAAAGCCUACCCAAGAGUGCGAUAGAGCGGCUGGUAAAGGACAAGAUGCCCAAAAAGUCUGGGCGCUGGUGGUUCUCCUGGAGGAGGAGACACAUGGACAACAGCCAGCAAAAGGACUCAAAGGAGGAACAAGAGGAGCCACUGGCGAGUGUUUCUUCCACAACAAAAGCCACAUUGGAUGACAUCGACAGUGAUGAGGCGGCUGGCCUCGGCCGAAAAGCCAUGAUUCCUUCCAGCCUAUCAACAGAAACCCUAAACGCCACUCAGUGCAUCACCCAGAUAUACCGCAAAUCACUGCGUCUGACCUCUAAACAGAUAGAGCACUUAAACCUGCGUGAGGGAGCCAACAAGGUGGUGUUCAGUGUGACCACACAAUACCAAGGCACCUGUCGCUGUGAGGCUGCCAUCUACCUGUGGAAGUGGGACGAUCGCGUCAUCAUAUCGGACAUAGACGGCACCAUCACUAAGUCUGAUGCUCUGGGUCAUAUUCUACCUCAGUUUGGAAAAGACUGGACACACAAAGGCAUCGCCAAACUCUACCACAAAAUACACCAAAAUGGCUAUAAGUUCCUGUAUUGUUCGGCGCGGGCCAUAGGCAUGGCUGCCAUCACCAAGGACUAUCUUCAGUGGGUCAAUGACAAAGGCAUUGUCCUCCCUCAAGGCCCUGUACUGUUGGCCCCCAGCAGCCUCUUUUCAGCACUGCACAGAGAGGUUAUUGAGAAGAAGCCGGAGGUGUUUAAGAUUGCCUGCCUCAGUGACAUCAAGGACCUGUUCAACCCACAGAGACAGCCCUUCUACGCGGCCUUCGGCAACAGGACUAACGAUGCGUUUGCCUAUAAGCAGGUUGGCGUGCCCGACACCAGGUUAUUUACAGUCAACCCAAAAGGAGAGCUCAUCCAGGAGAGGACUAAAGUCAGCAAGUCCUCGUACAGCCACCUCAGUGAGUUGGUGGAACAUUUCUUCCCCAUGCUCUCUGUCGGGGGCAGCACGUCCUCUGCUUUGGACUGUCCCGAGUACAGCAGCUUCUCCUAUUGGAAGGAGCCUCUGCCAGAACUGGACCUGGAUGCUCUACUGUAGAGACACACACACACACACACACACACACACACACACACACACACACUGUCUUUGAUGUUCCCUUUUCCUGAAAGGCUUUUGAAAGAUAUUUUCCCAGCAUGCUUGAAUACUGCCUUUGAUAUACCUGCCAACUGUAGCGCCUGUUUAUGAGACGCAUCACACAAAGGUAGAGCCAAAAAAGUUAUAAUAUGGUAAUACUUAAUUUCAGUGCACUCACAAUGGCUGUUUACACAAUUGUUAGCUAUUUUAUUGUGAAACUCCUACAAUGAACAACACAACUGGACAUAUGUGCCUUUGGAUAUUUUCAGUUUUUUGUUAGUGUGAACCCGUGUCAGUCAUUCCAAAAUAGGAACUGAACACUGUCACAUAUUUCAGCUUUAAACAUUUACAAAAAACACGUUUGUAUAGAAAUGGAGCUGUCUUGGAUAAGUGUUAAAGUGAUGCCUAAAAAUCCUGCACAUGCCAAAACUAUUGACUAUUGAUCUGAAGAUAUUCAGUCCCUGCUCCAACAGACCCAGGCACACACGGCUACAAAACAAACCUGUUACUCUUCAUUCAGUUGAGAUUGUGUGUCUGUGUAGUUGACAAAAGACAAUGUCUUUGACUUGAGCGUCGUGGGGAGGGUUUUUAUAGCUACAUGUACCAAGCAAGUGUGAGAAUGUUUUUAAAUGCUUUGAAUUAGUCUUUUUGACCCAAGGUAGUAUGAGCUAACUGGAUUUUGCCUUGAGCUAUGUUGAACAUUAUUCAGUUUUUGUCAAGCACAAGUGUUUUCUAAUGACUUGGGACUCCCUUAAGUAGAGUCUUAAGUAAUUAAAGCUUUGGAUGGGAAGCUAGAUUGUAUUUUUGUCUGGUAACUGCAGAAUCAAAACCUGCAGAUUAUUAUUAGUUGGUUGUAAGGGACAUUAUUAUUUAUUUUUCUUAAUACCCGAGAAUUGCAAUAACAAGUUGAUCAGAGCAUAUGAUCAUUGUGAAACUACAACAUGAACAUUUCACAUUUAUUUUUAUCACGUACCACACAACAGAAAUGUUGUACACUACAUGAAUGUGGAGGUGGGUCAGACGGACAUGACUUUUAUUACAGCGAAGAGCAAAAGGACCUCAGAGCGGAACAGUAGUGGUUUAGCCCGGCACUGUGCCUUAGUACUAUAAUGACUGUUAUAUUUAUUAUUUGUGCAUAUCUUUCAUCGUCCAACUGUGUGGAGGUGCAAUGGAGCUGAGGAUGUUGCUUUUACUUUUUAAACCAAAUGAAUAUCAUUAUAAAUAAAAUUGAAAUACAACACCG